AUGCCCAUUCUGUUCUCGUUUUCGACGAAUCAUCGAGAUUUCCCCUCUGAUUCCGAUUCAGACGAUCCGGAUUUCGACGGAGGAGACCGUAUGGACGCUGAGGACAACGACACCCCCGAAAAGGGUCUACCCGUACCGUGGGACAACGGCAAUCCAACCACAGCUUGUAGUCCGGUCUUGGCAAGGAGUCCCGAUACCACGACUGCGACAUCUUCUACCGGGAAACCUGAAACGUCCUUCAGAACAGACGAUGCGAACCAUCAUAAGAAGAAGAGGAAGAAAGACCCCGAGAAGAAGGCUCGCGGUUCACCUCACCAGUUCGCCUCGAAGAAGCGGAAACACACGAAGAAGAACGGCGAAGGAAAAGCAAAGAAACGUAGGAGCCACGAGCGGAGUAUCAUGAUCGCAGAGAAUGUGGACGGGGACUCACUCAAGCUAGUUCUGAAGAAGAAAAAUGUGCCUCCGCCUUGCGAUCGCCCGGAAAAUGUGCCUCCGCCUUGCGAUCGCCCAGAAAAUGUGCCUUCGCCGGGUCUCUGGGAUAGCAGGUUACCGAGAGAAAUACUCCUGAAAAUAUUCCAACACGCGGUCGACGAAGUUGGCGUGCUGCCGUUCCUCGUGACUAUGCAGUCAGUCUGUCCUGUAUGGAAGGCCGUAGCACAAGACGUAUCCUUGUGGAAGAAACUCGACAUGACGAAAUUGAGAACGAGCGAGAGUCAACUAUGUAAUUGGCUGAGGUCCGGGCAGCUAUCACACAUAAUCGAGCUAAACUUGUCGAACUUCGGCCCGAUAAAACACUCUACGAUUGUCGCUAUAAUCAAGUACUGUCCAAGGCUGGAGAUGAUCAGCCUGGCUCAUAAUCCCAAAAUAACUUCGGAGACCGUGAAGUACAUAAUUGAUAAUUGCGCCAACCUUCGUGGUGUCGAUCUCUCCGGUACCAGCAAGUCAGCUUCGUCGACUGGGUCUUGCACGCCCAGUCUCAUCAAGUCCUUGAUGCAAGCACACGGGACUAGGCUCACGCAUUUGUCCCUCGCGGAGAAUACGGUGGUGGCGCUCGGCACGAUCUUGAGUACCCUCCCGGGAAUGUUGCCGAAGCUCCAGGUGCUCGACCUAUCCAACGUGAAAUCAACAACUCAACCCAUCCCGCUCCCUCUGGAGCGGAUGCAGGAGUCGUGUCCUGAUCUGAGAGUUCUCCGACUGGCAAACACGCCGAUAAGAUUAACGACCGGCCAUCCAUCGGAAUUGGCGAGAUCUCCUGGUUUCCCGAAGUUGGAGGAACUCUCUGUCGCAGCCUGCGACGACAUUACCGAUGUCACUCUCGACCGCAUACUGAAGAAAUCCGAGAAGCUGACACUCAUCGAUGUCAGGAAUUGUAGAGGCUUGAGCGUUUCGGCUCUGGUCAAGAUUCCAACAUGGGACUUGACCCAGUUAUAUUUGUCCAACUGUGCAGCCAUGACCAAUCCGGACGUCGAACUCGUCUUCAAAAAGUGGGCGCACAGUUUGAAGGUGGUCGACGUCAGCUGGGUUGCUCAUGAAGCCGCGAUAGAUUCAGCCCUGCAAGCACUAGCAACGCACGCCGACACCCCUCCGGUGGUCUACGAGCUGGGCCUUCGAGGGUCCGCAGUAUCCUUCGAGACGCUAAAGAUGGUAUUCGAGAAAUGUCUUCGGCUCAGAAAACUCGACUUGACGUCGUGCCGGGGUCUCCCACGAGGAAUCAAAAGAGUUUUCGAAGGAACAGCCGUCGAACAUCUUCGAUCUCAAGUGCUGGCAGGGAAAUUCGAAGCAGACGUGUAGAAUCGGAUUUCAAAGGGGUUGAUCCCUCCGAAUCAUAGAGCGAAUCUUCAUAUUCAACCACCCGCUCCGAAGAGAGUAGGGAAAUCGCGUCCGAAUGUGUUUUGUGUAAAUGCCUCUUGGUUUUUGAGCGGUCCAUGUGGAUCUCAAAGAGUACAUUAGGACUCUGCGGCGAAACCCGUGUCCGGGACGAACUCGCGCUCUCUGAAGCCAUUGCUGGAGAAUAUUCGUUGGGCUCACAGGUCGGAGAAGGCUGGGCUCGCGCGGAAGAAUCAGACUCUGGCCGCAGCGCGUAGGGUCACCCGCGUGACUCUAUGGAAAAAAUCCCAAGUCCAUCUGUAGUUCUUCGCGGCCACUAUCCGCCAAGCUUGGGCCUAGGCAAAUUCAUCGACUACACCAGAAGUCCUAGC